CAGCCGCCAUUUUGUAUUAGGAAAGGAGAGAGGACAGAAGUGCUGAGCUGUGCGGAGCGGUUUAGCAUUGUUUUUUCCCCCCCCCCUCCUUGCUUUUGAGAAAGGACUUCCGUAUCAUGUAUAUGUUUAGGGAAUAACUACUUAUAUUUAAAGGCAAACAUUAUUUUACUAUUUAAGCGCUAACAGCGAAUCGAGUUUAAUUUUUUUUUAAACGCAACGAUGGCGGCGGAAGAUACGGCCAAGGCGGAUGCCUGUAAAGAAUAUCAGUCGUCGCUUGAAGACUUGACUUUCAACAGUAAACCCCAUAUCAACAACCUGACCAUCCUGGCCGAAGAGAACCUGAAGUAUUCGCCGGAAAUCGUCAAGUUAAUCGAAGCACAAAUAACCAAGGCCCCAGCUUCAGAGAAGCUUCCAGUAAUGUACCUCAUGGAUUCCAUUGUGAAGAAUGUCGGAGGAAGCUAUAUUUCACUCUUUGCUCAAAACUUAAGUCCUAUAUUUUCUAGUGUUUUUGAAAAGGUGGAUGAGAGCACUAGAAAAAGUUUGUUUAAAUUGCGUUCCACAUGGGAUGAAAUGUUUCAACUGACGAAACUUUAUGCCUUAGACGUCAAAAUCAACAAACUAGAUCCUGCAUGGCCUAUUAAGCCUUUGCCACCAAAUGUGAAUAGUUCAAGCAUUCAUGUAAAUCCCAAGUUUUUAAAUAGAUCGCUUGAAGAACCUACCACCUCAAGUUCCACAGUUGCUCCUAUUAACUCAGCUAAACAAAACAUUGCUGAGUCACAGAAAAACGUAACACAGGAGCAAGAGCAGUUUAUAAGACAACAGCUGUUAGCAAAACAAAAACAGUUACUUGAGUUGCAACAGAAGAAGUUGGAACUGGAAUUAGAGCAGACAAAGGCACAACUGAUGGCCUCACUUGCUUCACAACAUACAACCCCUGAUUCAGCAGUAAACCUUGGACAUGCCAAAUUACAUGUGCCAAUCACAAAGGUUUCACCUAUGCUUUCAAUAGGAACAGGAAAGCCAACUCCAGCUACAGUCAGACCCUUGCAACAAGAAUCAACAGAGUUAGAAAAACUCCAGGCACCAAAUGUCAGUGAUACCAAAGCGUCAAAUAGAGACCCUCGGAUAAAUAGGCUAAGUCAACAGUCAACUCAUUCAAAAGAUCCUGUUAAAAAAGAAAGCCAACUCCAAACUGAGAAAUUAGAGAAAGCAGGAAGCAAAAGAAAUAGCCCAGCUGGAGGAUCUUCUGAAAGGGCAGAAAGUCAAAUUAGUUCGUCAAAACAAGAAAAAGAUAAAACCAGUGAGAAGUUGGUAAGGAAGGAGUCCAAAGGUUCAGAAGGAAAAUCUAAAUUGGUAUCACCAGCGAAAAAUAAGUUGCCUGUUAAAAAUACCAAAAAAACAGAUACAGAGAAAGUAAAAGUGGAAGUCAGUAAAAGAGAUCCAAGAUUGCGCAAGUCUUCUCAAGACAAGACUGAUAAAGUAGAAACAAAAGAGAAGAGGACAAAUGUUGAAAAAAAAGAGGAUGAUCAAAGUAAAGGAGCUGAACGUAAGCCUUCAGCAAUAAGAAAUAAAGCAAUUAAUGGCAUUCUGUUGAAAAAUGAAAAGGAUGGAAAAGAAGUUGGAAAAGAUGCUUCUAAAUCUGGAGGAUUCAAUUUUAGAACACAUUCGAGAUCUUCAAGGUCACGGUCUCCAAGAUCACGGUCCCCAAGAUCUCACUCACCAAUAUCGCGAUCACCUGUGUCACGCUCUGCCAGACAAAGAGGCCGAUUGUCACCAAAGAGGCGGCGUGCAAGUGUUUCACCACUUUCUAAAACCCAGGACAAAGAGAAGUCUGUAAAGAGACCCCUUUCUGAUGAGUAUAAACAGAAUACUAAUAACUGGGAACGUCGAGAUGUUAGGAAAAAAGGCAAUACCAAACCAGAAGUAAGAGACCCAAGGAAAUUGAAGAGAACUCGGGAGGAUAGAUGUCAAGAACAACAGGUUGCACGGCCUGAAAACAGAAAUUCUCCAAGAUCGUCUCCUGAGCCAAAAGAAAAUGUAGAAAACUGGCAUGACCAGCCAUCUGCAAAAAGAUGGAAGUCUGGGUGGGAGGAAGCUAAAAGCUUGAAACAGAAACAAGAAACUCCUUCACAUGGAAAGUUUCCUCAUCAACCGAAGGAAGUAUAUUCUGGAAGUAAAGGUAUUCUGUCACCUCGAACACCAAGACAGCAAAGGAUGAGUGUUGAUGCAAAUUUACAAAUCCCAAAAGAAUUGACAUCUGCUAACAAGAGAGAUUUAUUGAAAAAAGCAAAUCAGCGACUGGCAGCUGGAGAAAUAAGUUACGAUGAAUUUCUUGUUGUUGCUCAUCAAAUCAAUCAGCUGUUCCAGUAUCAAGAGGAAAAGAGUAGAUCUAGUGACUGGCAAGGAACCCAUGUUACUCCCAGAGGUUUUAAAACUGAACUGAAAGGAGAAUCUCCAUUAGCUAGAACCCAAGGUAAAGGUACACCAUUAUCUGAAGCAGAAAUGAGCUAUCUUGAGCACAUGUCUAAAUUAAAAAGAACCAGGGUUCAGUUAGAACAAUCACAUGAAAUAGAACCCCGUUGGAAAACAAGAGAGGCUCAUAAUAAAGAUGUAUCAGGUGAUCUCUCGCUUAGUAACAGAGAAGAUGGUGACCAGGGCAGUAAGUCUCCAAAUGUGGCCAGCCCUUCAUAUUCAUUAACUGAAAGGCAUGAUACAAGAGGUACUUGUCAGGAAAGGAAACUUGGAGAGAAAAGAGAAACAAGUGAGAGUGGACGUGGACAUUACAGUGAAGGAAGGCAUUCUGAAAGAAGAAAAUUGUGUGACGUCAAGCCUGCAAGACGAUCUCCUGCUGGUGAUAAUAGACAGUUGCAUGAAAAACAUUGUGAUCAUGUAUCACCGCUUCGUCAACGUAUGAAUCCUUUAGUAGAUGAGGAGAGAAACCAAAGUAACGUACGGGAUAGCAAAAAACAUGUAGAUGAGAAGUUAAUUAAACAAGUGAAAAGUUCUCCAAAUCCUGAAGAACGAUACAAAAUAGAUUCUAAUCAUGGAAAGUUGUGUAACAACUGGAUAGAACCCAGGAACGAACACCUUAAAGAUCAGCGACAGGGGUCGAAACAUCAGCCUGUGGUUGAAAGAGACCUUCAGGAGUUUGGUCCAAGAGAUGGACAAGCAGAUAUGAAAAGAGAAGAAUCAAGAUCUCAUUGUGACCGUCAUUCAGAGGAAAGACCUUAUGAUGCAACCCAGAGAAGCAGUGGACUAGUUGAAAACACAAGGUUAAGAUCUGGGGCACAUGAAAUACCUCAGAGAUUUAGAGAAAUUGCUGAUAGACCAGCGCAAGGAAAAUCUGGUUCUGGAAGAAAUCUAGAAAAAUUGAGAACUGAAGAACCUAUUGAACCGGAUAGGACAUGGCUCCGUAGUAGAAAUGGAUCUCCAAGCUGUGAUGGAUGCAUUGCUGGAUCGAGAGUAAGGUUACAAGAACCCCCUGAACAGGUUAUCCAACCAAUUGACGGUGCCCCUGAACAACCAUGUCGUUGGAUUGAGGGUAUUCCCAGACAACCUAAUGCACACUUUGAUGGUCCAGGUGGUUCCCGUGUUGGACAGCCUGGUGCAUGCUUUGAUGGUCCACACCGAGGACUGCCUGGUGUAUGCUUUGAUUGUCCAGGUAGUUUACAUUUGGGACAGCCUGGUGUGCGCUUUGAUGGCCCAGGUGGCCCUCGCUCUGGAUUGCGUUUCGACAGUUCUCGCCCUAGACAGCCUGGACCACGUUUUGAUGGUCCUCGUAUGGGACAACCGGGGUUACGCUUUGAUGGUCCUCGCCCAGGACAGCCUGGACUGCGCUUUGAAGGCCCACAUCCAGGACAACCUGGGACGCGCUUUGGUGGUCCACACCCAGGACAGCCUGGUACAUGUUUUGAUAGUCCAUGUGGUCAUCCUGGACAGUCUGGGAUACACUUUGAGGGUCCACAAUCUGGUCCUCGCAUUGAUAGUUCACACCCUGGGCAACCAUGUGGUCACUAUGAUAGUCCAGGUGGCCACCCAGGUCAAACUGGCACACGCUUUGGCCCACAUUCAGGUCAGCUUGGCUCACAAUUAGAUAAUCCUGGAAAUCAUCGAGGGCACGCUCGCUUUGACCCACACCCCGGGCAGCCUGCCAUUCACUUUGAUGGCCCUCAUCCUCGACAGCCUGGUACACGCUUUGAUAGUCCAGAUGGUUUAGGUCAGCCCUGUAUGCGAUUUGAUGGGUCCCAACCUGGGCACCCCAAUAUGCGCUUUGAUGGCCCAGGUCCUCGUCUAAGGCAGCCUGUCACAUGCUUUGAUGGUCCACAUCCUGGGCAGCCCAAUACACACUUUGACAGUCUUGGUGGUCGUCCAGCACAGUGUGCAGUGCGAUUUGAUGGCCCACAGAUUGGGCAAGCUGGCACACAUUUUGAUAGUUCAGGCAAUCACCCUGGACAACCUGCAAUUCGAUUUGAUGGUCCCGCUGGAACUCGUUAUGACAUUAUUUCUACACAACCUGGGACGUUCUUCGAUAAUUCUCGUGGGCCGCAGUUUGAAGGCACUUCCAUGAAUCCUGAUCCUAGAUGCAGUGUUGCUGGUCACUUAUUUAAUGGUCAUCCACCAAGUUCACAGUAUCAAGGGAGAGUAUUUGAUGGACAGCCUGGACCCAGAUUUAAUGUGCCUCAAGGAUCUCAUUAUAAUGAAUCUGCUGUACAUGGAGCAACAACGUUGGCUAACCCAGCCUAUGGGCCCACAGGUCCUUGUUUUGAAGGUCAGACAUCAAUACCUCGGUUGGCAGGACCCCAUAAUAAUGACCAAUAUGAUUCAGCAUGUGGAACUUUUUACAACAACAACCUUCCUGCAUCGUUACCUGAAAAUAUGCGUCAAUUGCAGCCUGUUAAUACCAUGACUGGUUUUUCUCACAAUCCAAUUCCUUUUAGUCAAAGCCAGCAGUACGUAACCCCCCAGUCUUCUGUUCCGGUUUCACAGAUUCAGCAAGGAUCAUCUUUUGCACCUUUGGAUAAUCAUUUGGGGCAGUUGGAUGUUAAUGAAUUGUUUUCAAAGCUGCUUUCGACUGGAAUUCUAAAGCCAAAUCCAGUAGACUCUGCUCCAACACAGUCUGAUGUGGUUCCAGAAGGUGAUUCUCAGGUUCAAGCAGCAAUCGAAGAUGAUGAGGAGGAAGAAAAUGAGGAAAACAUUCCAGAUCUUACUGGCUUUCAAAUUGAGGAAUUAAAACAGAGAUACGAUGGUGUUAUCGGUCGACUAUACACGGGAAUUCAGUGUUACUCCUGUGGAAUGAGGUUCACAGCGUCACAAACUGAUGUUUAUGCAGACCAUUUAGAUUGGCAUUAUCGUAUGAACAGAAUGGAAAAGGAUAUCACUAAGAAAGUGACUUACAGAAAGUGGUACUACAGUUUAACUGACUGGAUAGAAUUUGAAGAAAUUGCUGACUUGGAAGAGCGUGCAAAGAGUCAGUUCUUCGAGAAGGUCCAUGAAGAAGUUGUACAGAGAACGCAAGAAGCUGCAAAGGAAAAGGAAUUUCAGAGUGUUCCUGCUGGGCCUGCUGGAGUACAUGAAGUGUGUGAAAUUUGUCAAGAGGCUUUUGAGCAGUAUUGGGAUGAAGAUGAAGAGGAGUGGCAUCUAAAAAAUGCAAUUCGUGUGGAUAGUAGAACAUAUCAUCCAGCAUGUUAUGAAGAUUACAAAAAUGCUUCAUUUACUGAUACAACUCCAUCUCCAAGUGAAGCUCCGAUAGAAAAUCCACUACAUUCAGUCCUUAAACAGGAACAGUUGACUGGUAGUAGCAAGACUUCUGAUGCCACGAACAGCUGUGAAGAUACUGGGAAUGAGCGGAGCUGUGUCUUGACAAAUGAUAAUAAAACUGAAAAAGAUAGUGCAACUGUUAAAGUGGAAGCAGUCUAGGUCUUUGAUGAAGAAAAAUGAUUUUUUUUCACGAUUACAAACUUGAGUAUUGGAAGAAGAAUCAGAUGCAAGAUGACUGGUUGGAUUUGAUGUAUCCUUUUGUAUGAGGGUGACUUUCGUAUGACACUGAAGUGAUACUACCUCUUGCUAUGUUGAAAUCAUUGGGAAACUUGCAAAGCAGCAAUAGUACAUGCUACCUUCAAGGAACAUGUCAAAUUGAAACCAUUUGUUUUAUAUUUUUUAUUAUUUGAGGCAGGGAUCUCAGCAGAAGUUAUAUUGAAUACAUUUUGGUAUUUGUAUGUUCAACUGCAUGUGCAGUUCAGGUGUGUAUUACCGAGUGCUGCAAAUGAAUGAAUGCACUUGGGGAAUGAAAAUGUUACUUUUGUAAGAAUGUAAAUUCUAAAACCAAUAAAAUAUUUUUGAAAUAUGG